CUUAGCAUGGACAGCAUCCUCCUCUCUAACACAACCAAGCUUGCCAACAAUUGUAUGCAGAAAGAAGGUGUGACUGAUCCAAAGUGGUUAUGUUGCAAGUGGGAGGGUGAGGGCUGACAUACUGCUUAAAAAAAACUUAAAACAAGCCCCUCCCAAUAAAGUAACUUCCGCUAUUUUCAGACUUGGAGCAUGUGGUUUCUGAGCAGCAGGCUAACAUCUAAAUUACCUUGUUUUACAAACGGCUCUGAAGACUACUGCAGCAUGACGGAGUCGGCUGAAGCUGUAGCAGCUGAUGUGAGCAGCAAGAGAAGUGUGACAAUUGAGAUCACAAAUCUCACCAACAACUACUGCCUUAUCAACCCCAGGGUGCACCUUGAGAAUGGAGAGACAUACAACCCACCUCAACCUACAGUGCGUCCCCUAAAGACAGAAGUUUGCACCUUCACCAAAUCCAGUGGAAAGGCAACCGGAAGUGUUGGUGUAAUGACCUAUGACCUUUUUGAAAGAUCCCAGAAUGACUACAUUGAGACUCUGGCUAUCAUGUUCUCAGUUCCUUGGGACUACAACCUGUACAAGAACUGGUUUGCAGUGGGCAUCUAUAAAAAGGGCCGUAACUGUGAUAAGGAUUUGUACAAAGAAAUGUACUAUGAGAAGAAUGAGCAAGAGCAUGGGUUUGUCAGGGCAGAAGCCAGUGGGACAGGAAUCAAUUAUGUAGGCAAUUACCUUGACAUCAAAGCCACCAUGUGUCCAGUAGGUAAAGCCAUCAUGAAGGUGGAAGUCUGGGACAAGCUUUUCACAACCAUGGGCCAGCAAGUGCAGUAGAGAUGGCUCCUGAAUAGUAUUUCUGCCCUGAGAUCAGAAACCAUUGCUUAUGGCAAAAUGCUUCUAUUACAGUGAGCCUGCAUGAUUUAACAGAUGUGUUGUUGCUGACGUGCAUCUGUAUUCCUGGGUAUUACCCUUCAAUAAAUCUGCUUAAGAUCAGAGUUUGGUUAGUUUUUUUAAUCCUGGCAGAAAUCCUUCCUUUGUAGCCAAAGCCUCUCAGUGUUUCAGUAGCAUUCAGUUUCACACUGGCAUCUUUAGAAAUGGGAAUCAAAAGAUGACUCACAUAGCUUAAUGAAAUACACAGAGCGCUUGUCUGAAUUUACCUUGAC